AUGAGCUCCUCUCCGCCGCCGUGCUCCAAGGCCGCCGCUGCCGGCUCGCCCGCCGGGAAGUACUGCCUGUGCGCGCCGACGACGCACCCGGGCUCGUUCCGGUGCAGGCUGCACCGGUCACCGGUGGAGGCUAAGGCAACGGCGGCGGCGGCGACUUCGGGAGCUGAUCAGGAGGCGGCGACGGCUGCGGCGGCCGCGGUCGCGCGUGAACUCCUCGAGCGGAUGGCGCGGAAGCCGAGGCGGCAGGGUGUUGUGCCUGGGGCUUUCCGGCCUGGGCCUUCGAGGCUGGGAGCCACCGCCACUGCCAUGGAUGACUAG